CUGAUAGAUUUUUAAAUUUUUAGUCUAUGCCCGUAAUGGCGGCGCUUCGCUAACAAGAGUCAAAGUCGUGUAAUUAAUUUCGUAAAUGUAAAAAAGCAAUCAUGUCGGGAGAAAAUACUGAAGUAGAAACGUAUUUCGGUAAAUGUAGGUGUUGUCUUUCCUACGGCUACCUAAAAAACAUGUGGAUAGAACAUAAAUACGAGGGAGAAACAGAGAUUUACGGCGAGAUGCUAGUCCAAUGUUUUGCUUUGACUUGGAAUAUAUCUGAGGAAGCUAUGGAUCACGAUCAGAUCUGUGAGUCCUGCAUCGGUCGGCUGCGAGAUGCUAAUGAGUUCAAGAAGAUUGUCAUGGACGCACAAGAGGAACUUCUACAGCAGGUUGAUGCUAUAGAAGUCAAAGAAGAAAAAAUGGAAGCAGAGUUUCUUGAAGACAAUGAGAGUGAUGGAGACAUACAGACGGAGUACGCUGAAAUAGAACCUAAGGGUGAGAGCGUCCAAAUUGAGACGGAGUAUGAAGAAGUAGAGUAUUUAGAGGAGGACGAUGACGGGACUAAUCAAACUGUUGAUACUGAUUCUUCACAACUGACGGACCAGCCCACGCCUGCGAGACGGAAGAAGCAGCCAAGACAACAAGACCCGGAUGACGACGAGCCAAAAAGAAAAUGGCCAAAAAAACUACCGAAAGCAGAAAGGCAUAAAACAUACAAGCAAUAUUCUGAAGAAGACCUUAGAAACUGCUUGGAGGAGGUCAGGAAUCAGGAGUUGUCUAUCAAUGAAGCGGCAAAGAGGUAUAAUAUCCCUAUGAAGACUAUUUGUGGAAGAUUGAGAGAGGAACCUAAAGAUGUCCAGAUUGACAAUACAACGAAAUCCAAAUUGGAAUCAAAACUAAAGAAAGCGAGGACAAAACUAACCAUAUUUAAGACAACCUCGGUAAUGGAUGCGAAAACUAAAAAGCUUAUCGAACUCAAUAAAUUAAAGGCAAAACAAAACAAUCUGAAAGCUAACAACGUUAAAAAAGACAAAGAAAAUGAUGAAGAGGUGAAAGUAUUCGCUGCUGAGAUCAUAGAACCAAAAAUUGAAGAAAUAGAUGAACCGGUUGAUGCUGAAAAAAUACGAACGCGAUAUAAAGCAAUAGUGAACGAGAAAUUCAAGGAAGGCAACAGAGAGCCCGAGAAAGCUGAAGUUAACGAAAUGAAUAAACACAAAGAGAAUAUAAAAACUAUUUUAGUUCAUUCUAACGCUACAUUAAUCAAAGCGCUUGGGAGUAACGGGUACUAUUGUCACUUUUGUGGCAUACAGACAGAAAAGCCACUUGAUUUGAAACGGCAUAACUUAGCAUCUCAUAGCGUUGUCAAUGAUGAAGUAAUUAAAGUAAAAUACGUGUCCAACUUAGUUUUAAGGCUAGAUAUUACAGACCUCAAGUGUAAACUAUGCGAUGAAAAUAUUGAUACUUUAGAAGAUUUUUUCGAUCACCUAACCAAAAUUCAUAAUAAAGUCAUGCAUACUGAUAUCAAAAAUCAUAUCAUUCCCUUCAAAUUUAAUACCGAGUCUCUUGAAUGUGUGAUUUGUAGGAAGGAGUAUAAAUUUUUCAAGUUACUUUCAGAGCAUAUGAGCGAACACUAUAGAAAUUACGAAUGUUCGUCAUGUGAGCGAGCAUUCGUGAACAAACAAGCAAUGCAAAGUCAUAGCUAUAGACAUAAUAAAGGACUCUUUAAAUGCUCUCAUUGUCCAAAAGUUUUCGAUUCGAGACCCAAAAAAAGUGUUCACGAACGAGUCAUCCAUGCUUGGUCGAAUAAAACACGAAAAUGCGCUUUCUGCAGCGAAAGAUUCGCCACGAAAGACAUGGUACAGAGCCACGAAGUAAAAGUGCAUGGCGUCAAACCUACAGUAUAUUCUUGCCAAGCUUGCAACAAGUCUUAUACUAGCCAGGGAUCCUUGAUAACUCACAGAAGAAGGUUCCACUUAAUGGUGAGACCUCACAAGUGCUCGUUUUGUGAGAUGGCAUUUUUCUCCAAAAUAGAACUGAGGUCCCAUACAGUUACUCAUACCAAAACGAGGGAUUUUAAAUGUGAAAUGUGUUCGAAGACGUUCGGUACGCGAUGUAGCUUGAACCAGCAUGUUAAGACCCACUUGGACGAUCGGAAAUUUAACUGCGGGGUUUGUGAUCGCGGCUUCGUACAUAGGACAACUUGGAGAGUUCAUAUGAGGACUAAGCAUAGUAAAAUCGUGUAGAUUGUCUCAUAUUUGAGCACCUUCAACGUAUGUUUGACGGCCGGUGCCGCGACAAAAUGUUUUUAAUCAUGUUUUACUAUCGUAAAUCACUAACUAUUACGGUUUUAUUUUACGGUACUAUUGCGGAACGGAAAGUAAAUUAUGCCAAAGGCAUAAAUGACCCGAGCAAAACCCAGAUUGAGGGGUUACCGUCGCUGUAGAGUCAACAAUGAGAUGCCUUGGUUCUUGAGAGUCCAUGGCACUUCGGGCUACACUACCAGCGGAUCGCUCCCUGGUUGUUGACCGCAGCUUCAGCGCUCUUGCUGCCCAUCCUCAGGGGCCCAAUACCCCCUGCCGGAGUGUCUAUAUGGUUGAACGCCCUGACGGCCCGCAACCUGCUCGAGCGAUGGCCAUCAAAGUCUUAAGGAGAUACCGCACCAUCUCCUUUCAAGCGGCAAGCCGUCUUAACAUAUCAUGGAGAACAAAAUUAUUCGCAGAGAUUAAAUAAAUAUUCAAAUUUCAGAAUAUUGAUAUAAAUAAACCGCCCCUGGUGGGUGGAAAAGCUCGGGGCAGCCUAAUACCAUAGCUAUUCUCUGCUAAAGUUUAACUAAUCUUUAUAUUUUUUGUAUGUUUCAACUAUGACUUUGUGAUGUUUUACUUUUUAAAAUAAAUACACCUUUUAUUUUGAUACAACCUUUGACUUUUAAUUAUUAUUAUUAUAUUAGCAUUACAUCAGCCCUUUC